AUGUAUCUGUUUACAUGCUUAUACCUCAUAAUGCGCUUUUUUGAAGAAGUAAGUGGUUUUUGUCCUUCRCAAUGCACUUGCAUUUACCAUGGCAGAAGUGAUGGCACUGGAACAAGGUCUGUGCUCUGUAAUGAUCCUGAUAUGUUUGAGAUCCCCGUGAAUGUUCCUGUGGAUACUGUAAAACUUCGUAUAGAAAAAACUGUUGUACGAAGGAUCCCAACAGAAGCCUUUUACUAUUUAGUAGAUCUCAAAUACUUGUGGCUAACUUACAACUGCGUAGCCAACAUUGAUACCAGCAGUUUUUAUAAUUUGAAACAACUGCAUGAGUUACGGUUGGAUGGUAACCUGCUCUCAACUUUCCCAUGGGAAUCCCUGGCAGAGAUGCCCAACCUACGGACCCUAGAUUUACAUAACAAUAAAGUGACCAGCAUUCCAGCGGAUGCCGGCAAGUACCUGAGAAGACUCUCCUACCUGGACAUAUCCAGCAACAAGCUAACUACCCUGCCAUCAGACUUAAUGGACAUUUGGCCCCUUUUCUCAGAAGCUUCCUCGUCCAAGAACAGGGACAGUCUGGCAGCACAGAGAGUAAUUUUAGGUUUGCAGGACAAUCCAUGGUUUUGUGACUGUCGCAUUUCAAAGCUAAUUGAAUUUUCUAAAAUAGCGGAUACCUCAGUUGUGCUUCUUGAUCCACUGAUUUAUUGUAGUGGACCUGAGAGCUUGGCAGGGAUCUUGUUCCAGCGAGCUGAGUUAGAGCAGUGUCUUAAGCCAUCUGUGAUGACAUCGGCAACAAAAAUCACUUCUCCUCUGGGAAGCAAUGUUCUCUUACGCUGCGAUGCAACCGGGUACCCAACGCCACAGCUUACUUGGACCAGAUCAGACAAUAUACCAGUGAACUAUACAGUAAUUCAAGAAACACCUGGAGAGGGCGUCAGAUGGUCUAUAAUAAGCUUGACAGGGAUUUCAUACAAGGAUGCAGGGGAAUACAGAUGUAAAGCCAAGAAUUUAGCAGGAAUGUCAGAAGCUGCUGUUACUCUCACAGUGGUUGGUGUGGUUACUACGACUAUGUCACCACAGAAAUACGAGAGAAAGCAGGAGGCAGAGAGACAGAACACUACACAAGAAGAAUACAAGCAAGGAACUGAGAGAACAACCACUCCUCUUGCUCYAUCAACCACUACAGCACUAGUUACCACUGAAAGAUCAACAAGUGCCAAGCUUACUGACAAGAGGCAGUCCAGGCCCAUAAUGGAUGGAAAGAAAAAUUCAAAGACAGUGACAAAUGGAAACAAAAAACAGGCUGCAGAGGUGAGCAAGAAAGGUGAGGAGACUUCACUGAACGCAACAACUAUGACUGAGCAAAAUGUCACUGUAAAGAACCUAAGAGUGAUCAGUGAAACAGAUGAAAGAGUGACCUUAACAUGGAAAAUUGUCAAUGCUACAAGCAACUCAGCAGUAACUGUGUUAUACUCAAAGUAUGGUGAGAAAGACAUGCUGCCUCUGAGUACCGACUCCAGCAAAAACAAAGUCACAAUCGAUGGUUUGCAGCCGAGCACUCAGUACAUGGCAUGUGUCUCUCCUAAAGGAGUGCCACCUACCAAAGAGCAAUGCAUUAUUUUCUCCACUGAUGGACUAAAUGAUGAAAGCAGCUCUCAGUUUUCUAUUCUAAUAGUGGCCAGUAGUGCAGCGUGUGUAGUUGUUUUACCUUUGGUAUUUUUCUUGCUCUACAAAGUUGUAAAACAACUUCAUGGAAAACCUAAAACUGCGAAGGAAGCUGACCUUGCAAAAGAGACCUAUGUGAAAUUUGAAACACUGUCUCUCAAGCCUCGAGUGGUGAAUACAGCAGGAGAGCUGUGGGCACGAAGGUACACAAAUGAAUCUGAAAGACUGCUACUUUGUUCUAGGUCAAGCAUGGAUUCUCAAAUGACCUUCAAAAGUGAGGGCUCUAGAUCUGAGUAUCUCUGUUGAGCAUGGGUGAGGAUCGAGGAGGUGGAAUAUACAAGGGG